AUGCGCGACGCGUCGGCCUCGCCGCGGCGGCGGCUUGCGCAUCGCACAACCGGGCGGCGGCGCACACGCAGCGGAAAGGUACCGAUCCAGGAGUUUUCCGAUGUGCAGGCCUUGCUCGCGUCGCUGGAUUUCGAGUAUGGAUGCGAUGUAGGCUACGAGCUGGGCGCGCUGGCCAGGGACCAGCGCGCCCUCAACGAGGCGCUGGCUGGGCCGAGCGAUGUGCGUGCAGACGAGCAUCCUGAGCUCAUGAAUCAUGCGCGUAGUCUUAUUACACGCAAUGGACCACUGCACUGGCCUCUGCCCGCGUCCGAAGUGCCGGCGCCGAAUUUCUUGCUGUCGGAAGAGCUGGCGGCGAUCGCAGGACGAGAGCGUAGCCUGUCGCUACAGGAUAUUGGGGAGCACUGGAUGGCCGUGCAGCAGGCACUUCAUGCGAUUCUGUCGCACCUUGCACUCUUUCCGCCGAUGACCGUGCCGGCGGAUGCGGUAAAAAAGGAGGCGGACAAGGCCCGCGCAAGCAAGACGGCCAUGUCGCCGUCUUUGUUGGCAGAUGUGCUUGCCUUUAAGCCUGUUCUGGCACAGCGACGCAUCGCCGCACGCUCGCUCGACUGGCGCGACGUGGUGUCGGCUGCAUAUGCAUGCGACGAUCCACGUAUGGCGCAGGCUGCGGAUGCAGUGCGUGAGCGCAUGCAGGCACUGUUUGCCUCGCAUGCAGUCGAGCCGCACCUGGAGCGCAAGACAUGGUCGAUGAAAAAGAUGCCGGACGUUGCCGAACGUGUGGGGAUCGUGCGGCAGGCAAGAGAAAAGGCAAGAGUCGUGCUCGAGACGCCGCCUUCCGAGAUCUGGCAAGAGGCGUGCGCGUCUUUUUUUCCCGAACACGAAAAGGUGCCGAAAGCAUGGGAGGAUUGGCAAUACUACCAGGAUGGUGAGCUGCCUGAAGUGGGGUCGGAUUGGGAAGAGCGUGUGAAGGAGGCGUUGGAAUGGGAUAGUGAGGAAGGGGAGGAGGAAGAAGAGGGAGGGGAAGAGGAGGAGGAAGAGGGGGAAGAACAGGAGGAGGAAGAGGAGGAGGAAGAGGAUGGGCAAGAGAAUGGCGAAAAAGAUGCCGAGCACAAUGAGAAUCUAGAAAGCGAAAGCGAUUCUAUAUCCUCCUCCUGA